UUCCGUGACACAUUUUGUCAGCAGCCACCGAGCAUGGGUCCCUUUAGUAAUAGAAUAGCCGAUGUAAUUUGACACUUCAACUUACUGCGCUCUCUCCGAGCCUGUUCAGUUACUCACCCGCUGACGCUGAGCCCGUUCUGAGCAGCCAAGGUGGAAGAUAUUUUAUUGAACGAAAGGAAAACGAGGAGAAAUUUAAACGAGGACUUUUUGCAGCUUUCCUAAAAAGCCCCCCUCCCCGGGCCAGAAAUUGCGAGCUGCUGGAGUGUUUUUCCACUUGGUGUUUGAAUGGGUGGGGGGGUCCUUACUGGGGACAAAUCAAGGGUUGAAAACAACACAGAACUCUCCAGUUUAAUGGCUGGCAGAUAGAGGCCAAACGGGGACAAUCAACAUGAACUCGAUUCCGUCGAUGGACAGACACAUCCAGCAGACCAAUGACCGUCUGCAGUGUAUCAAACAGCACUUACAAAAUCCAGCAAAUUUCCAAACAGCAGCGACAGAGCUGCUGGACUGGUGCGGCGACCCCCGAGCCUUCCAGCGCCCCUUCGAGCAAAGCCUGAUGGGAUGCCUUACG